GCAGCUCCAUCGCUCAGUAUAUAAAGCAGGACAACGACGGGAGGAAGACGGCUGGGGAGUCGCAGCCCGGGGAUUGUAAAUAAGACCGCAAAAACUGUGUUUUAUUUACAAAAGCGAUACCGGCUCUUUUAAAAGUACCGCUCACAGUCGUUUUAAGUCUUUUUUUUUUUUUUUGUGUCGUAUUUUUUGGCUCUGUCUCUCGCCAAUUUCCGUGUGGUUUGUACACUACGCGUAUAAUGGCGAGCUCGGCUAACUCGAACCAAGUGCCUAAAUUGUACAGGGGUGUAAUCGAAGAUGUGAUCAACGAGGUGCGGGAGCUGUUCCUGGAUGAGGGAGUGGAUGAGCAGGUUCUCCUGGAGCUGAAAACGCUGUGGGAGAACAAGCUGCUGCAGUCCAAGGCAGUGGAGGGCUUCCACACGGACGAGCAGGCGGCCCUGCAGGCCACUCAGCAGCAGCAGGUUCAGCACGUCCCGCAGGUCCAGCAGGUGACGCAGCCAACGCAGGCCCAGCAGGUCAUCCUGCCCCCCCAGCAGCAGCAAGCAACCCCGCAGCAAGUCAUUGUUCAGGAUCCGAAGAUUCUCCAGCACAUGAGUGCAACGGGGAUGAGCGCAGCAGCUACCGCAGCCACUCUAGCUUUACCCACAGGGGUCACCCCAUACCAACAGAUCAUCACCAGCCAAGGUCAGAUCCUGCAGGUGGUGCGUGCUCCCAACGGCACUCAGUACAUCAUCCAACAGUCCCAGCAGCCAAUCGUUCUGCAGCAGCCGAUGCAGCCUGGUGGCGUUCAGGCUCCCGUUAUACAGCAGGUGCUGGCUCCCCUGCAGGGAGGUCUGCCCCAGCAAACCGGAGUCAUCAUCCAGCCGCAGCAGAUCGUCUUAGCUUCAGGAAACAAAGUCCAAGGCAACACGCAGCAGGUGGUGCAAACGGCAACCAUGGUGCAGCAGACCGGUCAGAUGGCGGUGGCCGCUGCGGCAGCAGGAGGGGCGGCGGCAGUUCAAGUCCAGCAAGCCCAGGGCGCAGCUGCACCGCAGGCCCCUCCGCAGGCGCAGCAGCAGAGCCAGCCGCAACCUCAGGCACAGCAGCCUCCCAUGAUGCUGCAGGUGGACGGGGCGGGGGACACCUCGUCUGAGGAGGACGAGGACGAAGAGGAGGAGUACGACGAGGACGAGGAGGAAGAGAAAGACAAGGACGGUGGCGAAGACGGACAGGUUGAAGAGGAGCCCUUGAACAGCGAAGACGAUGUCAGCGAAGACGAAGAUCAGGAGCUGUUUGAUACAGAGAAUGUUGUGGUGUGCCAGUACGAUAAGAUUCACAGAAGUAAGACCAAAUGGAAAUUCCACCUGAAGGACGGGAUCAUGAAUCUCAACGGCAGAGAUUUCGUCUUUUCCAAAGCCACCGGAGACGCCGAGUGGUGAAGGAGGAAAAAGGAAAGUCAAAAAGAAAAAAAAAAAACCAACAAAAAAAAAACAAAACUCUGGAACUCCUCCUGUCCAUUUAACAAGACAGUCGAGCAUCCUUCCUUCCAUACUCCGUGACUGGAGAGAACUCCUAGAACCCAAAGGAUGGGGAGGUUCCGUAAAAAAAAAUAACAACCCUGGAUGUCAGCCUUGUUUGGGGGGUGGAAACACUCAAUCUAUGCCUUGCGGGAUGUGAAACCAACAGAGGAAGGAGGGAGAGGCUGGAAAUGAAGAGUUUUCUUUCUUCUUUUUUUUUUUAGUUCCGUCUUCAUCCUCCAGGGGGCUCCUCUGCCCUUUUUUUUCUGGACAGAAUUCACACACACACACACAAAAAAAAGCAUUUCACAUGAAACAGGUGUAGUGGACCAGGGCGAGGUGACCCCCGUCUGGCCGCAGGAGGACCGAGGUCGUUCACAACAAGCCCAUAGAUGAGAAAAAUAAUCUUUCUAAUGCACUGUAGUCGGUUGACUGGGUUGACUCGUGUCUACGUGGAAGUCCAAACUUAGUGCCACCAGUCGAAUGCGCUGCCUUCUAGAACAAUCCCAGUCACCUUUUUGACCUUUUGGCUUCUGUGUUGUUGUGUUUUUUUUCUUCUUCUUCUUCUGUUUUUGUUGUUGUCGAGUCGUAGUUUCUCAUCACGUUUAGUCAAAAAUGGUGCUCCAGAGUGUUUUAUUGUAGUUAAUCUGUUAUUGUUUUAGGUUUUUUUUUUAAAGUAAAUGAAGAACAAGAAAGUAAAAUAACAUCCUUAAAAAAAAGUUUUAAAUAAUAUCUCUCGAAUUCAAAUGAUAUUUUUUCCCUCUUCUUGCUUUUCUGGAGCUUCAUUCCAUCUUUUAUCCCCCCCCCAAAAAGCACCAAACUAAAAAAAAUUCAUUUAAGAUUUGUAUAAAUGGGAAGUUUGCCAUUUCAGUGGUUUGUCUUCACUCUUAUUUAAAUUGUCUGCAGCCGU